AGCCGCGAUGGAGGGUCCUCUGACUCUCCGCCAGGUAAUAAAUGAAGGGGACUCAAGCUUUGCCACCGAGUCAAAGGAAGAGUUAGAGGAAAAUCCUAGUCCCGUUGUGGAUGAGAAUAACGUAGUGUCAGCUAAAAAACAGGGGCCAAAUUUACAUAACUGGAGUGGUGACUGGAGCUUUUGGAUUUCGAGUUCCACCUAUAAAGACAGGAAUGAGGAAUACAAAAGACAGUUCACACAUCUACCUGACACAGAGAAGUUGAUAGCAGAUUAUGCUUGUGCUCUUCAGAGGGACAUUUUGCUUCAGGGACGACUCUACCUUUCAGAAAACUGGCUGUGUUUCUAUAGCAACAUCUUCAGAUGGGAAACUACAAUUUCUAUUGCUUUAAAGAAUAUAACCUUCAUGACCAAGGAGAAAACCGCUCGACUCAUCCCCAAUGCUAUCCAGAUUGUUACAGAGGGUGAAAAGUUUUUCUUUACAUCUUUUGGUGCCAGGGAUAGAAGUUACCUCAGUAUUUUUCGGUUGUGGCAGAAUGUACUAUUAGACAAGAGCUUGACCAGGCAGGAAUUCUGGCAGCUGCUCCAGCAGAACUACGGUACUGAGCUGGGCUUAAAUGCUGAAGAGAUGGAGAACUUGUCCCUGUCGAUGGACGAUAAUCUGCAGCCAAGAAUUCCAGGAAGAAGCAGCUUGGAUGACUGUGGGGAGAGAGAUGAAAAAUUAUCCAAGUCAAUCAGUUUCACCCGUGAAUCAAUUAGUCGGCUUUCAGAAACAGAGUCAAUCGAUGGAAAUUCACCAAAAAGGGGGUUAGGGAAAGAGGAACCCCAAAGUGAGAAACAGAUCAACAAGAGUCCUUUACUAGCUUCAGAGAAGAGGUUAAGUAGAGUGCCAUCAAAGUCACUGGACUUGAAUAAAAAUGAAUAUCUUUCUCUGGACAAAAGCAGCACUUCAGAUUCUGUUGAUGAAGAAAAUAUUCCUGUGAAAGAUCUUCAUGGAAGACUUUACAUCAACCGUGUUUUUCAUAUCAGUGCUGAGAAAAUGUUUGAAUUGCUCUUCACCAGUUCACGCUUUAUGCAGAGAUUUACCAAUUCUAGAAAUAUAAUAGAUGUAGUAUCUACCCCUUGGAAUGUAGAACCUGGAGGUGAUCAGCUGAGAACCAUGACCUACACAAUAAUCCUUAACAAUCCACUUACUGGAAAAUGCACCACUGCCACUGAAAAGCAGACACUGUAUAAAGAAAGUCAGGAUGCACAGUUUUAUUUGGUAGAUGCAGAAGUACUGACACACGAUGUUCCCUACCAUGAUUACUUCUAUACCGUGAACAGAUACCACAUCAUCCGGUCCUCGAAACAGAAAUGCCGGCUGAGAGUUUCCACAGAUUUGAAAUACAGGAAACAACCAUGGUCCAUUGUCAAAUCUUUAAUUGAGAAGAAUUCCUGGAGUUCACUGGAGGACUAUUUCAAACAGCUUGAAUCAGAUUUGUUAAUGGAAGAAACUGUGUUAAAUCAGUCCAUUGAAGACCCUGGAAAACUUAGUGGCCUACGAAGGAGAAGGCGAACGUUCAACCGAACAACGGAAACGGUUCCUAAACUUUCCUCUCAGUGUUCUUCUGGAGACGCAGGCCUAGAUGCCAAAGGAGAUGUUACAGGAAAGAAGAAGGACAUGGAAAGCUGUAACACCACCCUUAUCGUGGUGAUGAGUAUUUUUUUGCUGUUGCUAGUUUUGUUGAAUGUGACUCUGUUUCUGAAGCUGUCAAAGAUAGAACAUGCGGCUCAGUCCUUUUACCGUCUCCACCUGCAAGAAGAGAAAUCUUUAAAUUUAGCCUCUGAUAUGAUGUCAAGAGCAGAAAAUAUUCAGAAGAACAAAGAUCAGGCCCAUCGUUUAAAAGGAGUGCUCCGAGACUCCAUCGUGAUGCUUGAACAGUUGAAGAGCUCACUCAUUAUGCUUCAGAGAACCUUUGAUCUCCUAAAUAAGAACAAGACAGGCAUGACUGUCGGAAGCUAGUGAUCUUAAGGACUGAAAUUUAGCGAUACUUGGAACUAAAAGAAAACAAUGUGAAGAAAACUAGAGGAUGAAGGAUUUUAAUUGUCACAGGAACAUUUCCAUAUUUUCUCAUUUAUUGGUAGUUCUAGUAUGAAUAUUCUCUUUAAUAACAUUUGUUUGAUAAUGAAUCUCUGAUGGCCUGAUACAUGUAUAUAUGUAUACUUCUUAAACCUAAGUCUGUGUAAAAAAUUAUGUAUAAGCUGUGAAUUCUCCAGUGAAGUGUGAAAUAUAUUGUGGAUUUGAGUUUCUAUGAUACAAAAAGAAAAUGAGACACUCUGAAUUGAAUGGUAUGACCUCAUUUUUCAGUGAGGUUUGAAGUUUGCUGCCUUAAAUUGAUCUGUUAGCACAGAAUGAGUAUGUGUCUAAUAGGCUGCUCUCACAAUUGAGACACAUUCAAGAGGCUCGAGACAACAAUAUAAGAAACCUCUAAACUGCUCCUCCUUUUGAAGCAUCAGUUUUCAGGCAUAUAUUAUAACAUUUCUAGGUUUUUGUACUGUAAGUAUUACAAUGUCUUCAUUUAUUUAGCAUGCAAAUUCAAUAGAUAAACCUUUUGAAUCUGCAUGUUGAUGAUGAUUAUCUGCAAAGUUCUUCAUCCAUAUGGUGUCUUGAUGAAAGAAAUAGGUGUUUCUUUUUCAGGUAGCUAUCAGAGGUGAGAUUAUCUUGCCUCUUCAUAUGUCAAAUGGCAGAAGAGUCCAUUUCGGAAAAGGAAACAUGUAGGAUACCAAUACUCAAAAACGAAGAACCAUGCUCUGAGUUGUAAAAACCGGAAGAUUAUGUUAAAAUCUGGGCAUUUAGUGACAGAUCAAAUGAAUACUUGAACUAAGCGUGGCUUCAGCUUAGCACUCUUUCAUGGUGAAAGUGAGCCAUCUGGUUGAAAAUAAUUUGUGGAUUAGUUUUCAGUAGCCACGGAUGGCUUCAUUUAUUCAUGCAUGUGUGUGGCUUGUUUUAGUCAGUAAAUUAUAAGCCAGACACCAACUUUAGCUCUUUAAUAAAAAACUUUUGGAGGCAUUAUCUCUCAAUACAAGUGCACCGACUGAAGUUCUAAGUCUGAUACAAGGUUUGGCUCUUUUCAUAAAAAGUUUUUAGGCCUAUAUAUCUCAAUACAAGUGACGCCUCUGGAACAACUGUUUGAACAACUAUGGCCUUUACUUAAAUGUUUCUUUUUUUCCCCAUAGUCACCAAAGCCACAUGGGAUUGCUAGAGUUAUUUUUGAGAUGCCUAUAGAGAAUGAACGUAUUGACUCCAUUAGAGGGAAAAUAAGUUUCUCUGGGUGAAUUUCAACUCACCUCCCUUGGGGCACCAGUGUACCUACCUGGGGGUUUUUUGAUAAGGAUUUAUGAAGUGUCUGGCUGUGAGCAAGAGUGACUGGAUUAUAAACUUGAAACCUUGUUCUCUGUUAAAUUCACAAAAAUGAUCAGUGACAAGCUGAAUAUUUUUGUGAUGUUUCUUUAAAACUUGUACUUCAUAACAUACCUCAAAGAAAAUUACCGAAGUAAGUUGGUUUAUAAAUUACAACUAAAUAUAUAUGUGUGCAGAAUUCAAUUAAUUGUAUUUAAGACUGUUAUGUAAACUGAGUAUCAAUAAAAACCCAAAAUCUGAGUUGUAGU